AGUUGACAAGAAAUCACGAAACUUCCAUAAUAUCAUGGUUAACUCAAACAUUCUUCACUUGCAGUCGGCAUCACCAUCACUUCAAAUCUAUUUUAAUCAGGGUACUUGUAAUUUGUAAAAACAAGUUCUUUUCUUCUUCUUCUUCUUCUUCUUCUUCUUCUAAUCAAAGCCUAAGACAAAUCAGUUUCCUUUAUUUUAUUUCAUAUAAUUUUGUUAUAAAAAUCCAGCUCACAAGCAUACCCAUUGCCCACACUUUUACUCCUUUCACGUCCAUCAUCACCUCUCUCUCUCUCUCUCUCUCUUUCUCACUUUCCUUACACAGAAACUAAACUGGUGCAUUCAAAAAGCACACUUCUUUUUUUCCGCUAAGAAUUGCUUUCUUUUAUUAAUACCCAUUACAAUGCCACUCUCUUUAGAUCCAAUCCACCCUCCUGAACUUUAAUCCCAUUACUUAUUAUCUCUUAAACAUUGGAUUUUUUUAUUUAAUUUUCUUUUUAAAGGAAAAUGGGAGUUUUGAUAGAAUCAUGGUGCUUUUGUAAAGGAGUGGGAAAGUCUGAGAAAAUGAAAGCCGCCAUUUUCUCCGGCAAGGGUUCUGCCAUGGCUACAAUCUCUUCCGCCGCCGGAAAUGGAACUUCCGGUACUGGAUUCUUGAUCCAUCGGAAUCUUCUUUUGACUGCUCAUGUUAAUAUUCCUUCUGUCGCUGCUGCUGAAAGUUCAGAGAUCCGCCUCCACAACGGCGUCGCUGCUAGUCUCGUCCCUCACAGGUUUUUCAUUACUAGUUCGGUUCUGGACCUUACAAUAGUUGGUUUAGAUGACAUGGAUGGAGACUCUAGCACCCAAGGACAUCAGCCUCACUACUUGAAGACAUGUUCUAAACCAAACUUGGAUCUGGGGAGUGUUGUUUACAUCUUGGGUUACACAGAGAAAGAAGAACUAACAGUAGGUGAGGGAAAGGUGGUAAUAGCCACUGACAAUCUCAUAAAACUGUCAACUGAUGGUAUCCAAUGGAGCCCUGGAUCUGCUGGGUUUGAUGCACAGGGCAAUCUAGCUUUCAUGAUCUGUGAUCCUAUGAAAUUAGCUACAUCUCCAAAUACCAAAUCCUCUUCUACUUCAUCGUCAUCCUCGACAUCCUGGAAGAAGGAUUCUCCCAUGCAAUUUGGUAUUCCCAUUCCCAUUAUCUGUGAUUGGUUGAACCAGCAUUGGGAAGGUAACCUUGAUGAACUUGCUAAACCCAAAUUACCAAUCAUUAGAUUGAUGUCCACAGGCCAGAAGAGCGAGCAUUCUUCUGCUUCCUUUACACUCCGCCAGGUCUUUAAGUCGACAGAAGCAGAUAACAUUGGAACCCCUUCAUCAUCAAAUACAAUUUCUAAAACUGAGGACCAACAUAGACCAGGAUGUUCAGGUGCAGCAAACAUUGCCAAAGAAGAAACCCUGACCACUGAUCCCCAUGCCAUCCAUGUGCAGGGAAUCUUAACUCCAGAAAUAUAUGAAUCUCGAAAGCUGACUGCAGCUCCUAUCAGGAAAAAUGAAAGUGCUCCAAUCCAGCUUUUGGAUAUUAAUUUCCCGCCAAAGGUUGACAAAGCUACAGUUCAAGCACUGCCCGACAAUCAGCUGCCCCCUAACUGUGACGAGAACCAUGUUAAGGAACUUCUUUCACGGAACCCAUCAGGUGAAGAUCAAAUUAAAGACAGCAGAAUUGUUAGUCCUGAAGCAGAAGCUGAGAUUGAAUCCACUGGUUCUGUAAAUGGGGCCCAAAGUGAGGUCCAGUCUAGUUCCUCUCCCAUAGAGGUUCCGGAGAUGUAUAAUGGGUAUAGCAGUGAGGGAGAGACAAUGUACUCAGCAGAAACUGCUGAGAGCCGAAACUAUCCCAGCCCCAGAGAGGGAAAAUUUCAGCAUGUUGGAAGGAGCCAAAGUUGUGUGAGCCACAAUAGAUGGGGAACUGCUGUGCAUAGGAACCCAGUGGCCCGUAGGACAAUGUUAGAACAGCAGAGAAGUUUCAUCCAUGGAAGGAAGAUGCAUUCACAAGGAGCAACAUCUCAAAGGAGCAAUGAUUACUUCAGUCCGACUGUGUCGUCAAGAAUGAAGAAGCGAAACAACUUGGAGCCACAGACCAAACCGAAGCCAAGUGCUGUUCACUCUUCUCCAAGAUGGAUGUUCUGAUUAUUCUAGAUUAAUUUGAUACCAAAAGAGGACGACAACAGAAAUAUAGUGAUCUUUUGUUGUUUGGAUCAUGUCCAUUCAAUUGCAUAUAGUACAGCUAAUUUAUUAUUACCAUUUGCAGAGCAAUCUAAGAUAAAUAAAAAAAUUCAAGGCUGUAGUUUCUCUCUGGGAUUCAAUUGUAUAAUUGUUUUUUCAGUUGAUUCCUGAUAGACACAAGUGCUUAAAGAAGAGAAUGAAUGCCUUGAGGCGACAAUUAGACUGGUUGCCAA